ACUCUGAGAUCAGAAGAAGAACUUAAACUUCUCAAACCUCUGAAACGAAACAGAACAGAAACGAUGAAGGCGCUAAGCGUGCUGUGUGCUGUUAGCAUCAUCGUGGGCUGCGUGUGCGUGGUACACAGCGUGGCCGUACCAUUCCCGGCGUCUGGGGUUGAUCUUCAGGUUGAUCUUGAUGAACCGGUGGAGACUGAAGCUCCUCAGGAACAUGAACAGUUCUGGACUGAAACAUCAGCGGUGGAGACGAAUCCUGAGGUUCUGUUCAGGACGAAGAGACAGAGUCACCUCUCGCUCUGCAGGUACUGCUGCAACUGCUGCAAGAAUAAAGGAUGCGGCUUCUGCUGCAGGUUCUAAUCCCGAGGACCUUCAACAUUCCCACACUGAUGGGAGGCUCACUGAUGGACUUUAAUUUAUUUAUUCUCCUGGACUCACGAUCAUCUGAUCUGAUGAACGGAACCCACGAACGACCUGUUAACAAACGACAGGAAGAACUGUUCCUGUAAAAAAGCUAAAUCUAGGUUCUAGUGACCCAAAUUAGCUUAGCAAAUACCUUGUUUUGAACCUCUGAGAAGCUCUGAGAAGUUAGCUUGAUAUAGUAGCUACACAAUUAGCUUUACACCUCUGAAAACCUGUGAAAAUUAGCUUGAUAGGGUAGCUACAGAAUUAGCUUUACACCUCUGAACACUUCUAAAAGGUUAGCUUGAUGGAUUAGCUACAGAAUUAGCUUUACACCUCUGAAAACUUCUGAGAAGUUAGCUUGAUAAAGUAGCUACAGAAUUAACGUUACACCUUUGAAAACCUCUGAGAAGUUAGCUUGCUAGAGUAGCUAAACAAUUAGCUUUACAUCUCUAAAAAGCUCUGAAGAGUUAGCUUGACAGGGUAGCUACAGAAUUAGCUUUACAGCUUUGAAAACCCCUAAGAAGUUAGCUUGCUAGAGUAGCUACAGGAUUAGCUUUACACCUUUGAAAACCCCUAAGAAGUUAGCUUGCUAGAGUAGCUACAGGAUUAGCUUUACACCUCCACAUAAUGUCUGCGGGAAUCUCAGGAUCGAAAAGGCUUUGUGAAAAUAGAUACCACUAGCUGUUAGCUUUAGCAUCAAACACAUUUCCCAUUUGAUCAUUUGACGUCACCACAGUUGUUUACCUGAUCUACCAUCUAGCUACUAAGCUAACUUAGCUAGCUAAUGAACAUCAUGAAGCUGCUACUCGAAAGUUAGACUCAGCUCUGCUUUUACAAGCUGUCUGUGUUAGCGAAUGCUGCUAAAUUAGCAUAAUCUGUAUUUAAAACUAUAUGCUAUGAGAGGUUAACACUGAUUGGCUGAUUACUGUUCAUGAUAAACCAGCUUUUGUUGAUAAAUGUAAAUAAAUAAAGUUUAGCUUUGCUACAUGAUUGUUGUAGUUAGCGGCGUUAUAUAUAUAUGCUAUAUUUUUAUGUACAGUUGCUUUGUAGUAUUUUGUACGGAUUUUAAAUCAUUUGUUUGUAAAUAAACACGUUUCUUACAAGUUUGAAA